AUGUAUUGUUUAAAUUUUAAUUCAUUUUUCCUCUUUUCUUCAUUAUUUUUAUAUUUUCUAUCAACAUUUUAUUCACUAAUUAAAGCAACAAUACCUUGCCAAAAGAAAAGUUAUGGCCUUGAUUCUUUUGUUUGUGUUUGUUCAUCAAAAAUUUGUGAUUCUCCUCCUCCUUUAGGAGAAAUUAAGGAUGAUCAAUUAGUUUAUUAUUUAUCUGAUAAAUCUGAAUUUAGACUAGAACGUUUUUUAAUUGAGAAAGAAAAUGGGGAAGAAUUAAAAAUAAAAGAAAUUCAAAUAAAAAUUAAUUCUUCACAAAAAUUUCAAAAAAUAUUUGGAUUUGGGGGCGCUUUUACUGAUUCUGUUGGAAUUAAUUUAAAUCAGUUAAGUGUUGAUACUAGACAAAAACUUUUAGAGCAAUACUUUAGUGAAGAAAAUGGUAUUAAAUACAAUAUUGGACGUGUACCUAUAGCUAGUUGUGAUUUUUCUACACAUGAAUAUUCUUAUAUGGAUACUCCAAAUAAUUUUAGUUUGAAUGAAUUUAAACUUGCACCUGAAGAUUAUGAAUUGAAAGUAAAAAAAUUAAAAAUAUUUGGUUUUAUAAAUACCAUAAGAUGCCCACUAAUACAAGAUAAACCUCUAUUAAAAUAUUUUUUUAAUUUUUUGCCAACUAAAUAG